AAAGCGGGCUUCUUCAUCCGGCGUCAAGUGUCUUUUUUCUCUUGUCAUCAAGGAAGGAAGGAGGAAGUGCCGAGAGACGGGACAGUUUGAGCUGCCAUGUAGUGGAGUCUGUACCUCUCUGGAAUGUGCAAUAUGAAGAAUGGAAGCAGACGACGUGACUAUCAGAGAGCAGAAUUUCCACAGCCAAGUGAGGGAGUAUAUCAUUUGCUUCCUCCUGUUUGCCGUACUCUACAUUGUCUCCUACUUCAUCAUCACCAGAUACAAGAGGAAGACGGAUGACCAAGAGGAUGAAGAUGCUGUUGUCAACAGAAUCUCUUUGUACUUGUGCACCUUCACCCUCGCCGUCUCCGGUGGCGCUGUCUUCCUGCUGCCCUUCUCAAUCAUUAGCAGUGAGAUCCUCCUGUCCUUUCCAAAAAACUACUACAUCCAGUGGCUCAAUGGCUCCCUCAUCCACGGUCUGUGGAAUCUGGUGUCCCUCUUCUCCAACCUUUGCCUCUUUGUCCUGAUGCCCUUUGCCUAUUUCUUCUUGGAGUCGGAGGGAUUUGCAGGAUCUAAAAAGGGCAUUAAGGCGCGCGUUCUAGAGACCUUUGUGAUGCUCUUCUUGCUGGCUCUGCUCAUCCUGGGGAUCGUGUGGGUGGCGUCAGCUCUCAUUGACAAUGAUGCUGCCAGCAUGGAGUCGCUCUACGGGAUCAACCUAACGUUUUUAUCCAUAUACUGUAGAAGUGUUUUGUUCCUUUUAAUUAUAAUAAAUGGAGAAUUUGUCAUUGUAGAUCUCUGGGAGUUCUACUUACCGUACUUGUACUCCUGUAUAUCUCUGAUGGGAGGACUGCUGUUACUCAUGUGCACUCCUGUGGGAUUGUCAAGGAUGUUCACAGUCAUGGGCCAGUUACUUGUCAAACCAACAAUCCUGGAGGACCUGGAUGAGCAGAUUUACUGCAUCCAUUUGCAAGAGGAAGCCCUUCAGAGGAGAUUAAACGGAUCAUCCACAGGCACAUAUGCCAGAGGAGGCUUUGCCCAUCAGCUCAGUAAAGAACUGGAUAGUAUCCGAAAUGUGAGAAAUAAACUUGAAAGGAGAAAGCGAGCUUCAGGUUGGGAGAAGAACUUGUUGUAUCCCAUGGUGAUGCUGAUCCUGCUGGCAGGAACGACAAUCUCAGUUCUUUUGGUGGCUCUCAACAUCCUCUACCUUCUCGUAGAUGAGACUGCCAUGCCCAAAGGAUCCACGGAACACGGCAUCGGGAGCAUGUCCCUGUCCACCUUUGGUGUGACCCAAGCCGUGUUGGAGAUCAUCCUCAUGUUCUAUUUGAUGGCUUCCUCUGUGCUGGGAUUCUACAGCCUUCGCCUUUUUGAGGGGCUCACUCCCAGGAAGGAUGAUACAACCAUGACAACGAUCAUUGGAUGCUGUGUGUCCAUCUUAGUGCUGAGUUCAGCCCUGCCAGUCAUGUCCAGAACUUUAGGCAUUACCAGGUUUGAUCUGUUGGGAGAUUUUGGGAGAUUCAACUGGCUGGGAAACUUUUACAUCGUCGUCUCGUACAACCUUCUCUUUGCCGUCGUGACCACGCUCUGUCUUGUCAGGAAGUUCACCUCGGCCGUACGAGAAGAGCUCCUCAAGGCCCUGGGUCUGGAUAAAUUGCAACUGUCAUACAGCCCUACAGACCCUGAGUCUGGGAAGCUCUCAGCCAACGGGCAUCAGAAAACUUUGUGAAAGUAUGGGGUCAACAUGCACACAGCCAAGGGAAGGAGAGGUUUCACAGUACAGCCGCUGAAAGGUGAAAGGGAUUGAAGGGGAACUUAAUAAAGCCGGGCAGUGUCUGGCAGAUGCUGCAAAUAGAGGCUGAGAGCCAUUUUGCUGCGUGACAUUCCAUUCCCUGGGCCUCGGACGGGAGCUGGGAUGGAGCCAAGAUGUGAUGGCUGCACUUACUCCCUCAGCUGUGCUUCUAGCAACCACCUGUGCUACACACUGCUCCUCUUUUCUGUCGCGUUUUCACCAAGCACACUUCAGGUUCAUCAUUUAACCGACAAAGUUGUACUCAAGUGUUUUGGUUCAGAUAAGGGUCGGGUAUUUAGGGAAUCUUUCAAAUGGAACUCAGCUGAGCAACACCACUUGGUGAAAAGAAGGCAUUUUUUGGUUUUAUCUGAUUGUUUCAGAACGUGUGUCAACCUUUCCACUGGACAACACUGGACCGGACCGGCUCGGCUCGGGUCGACUCCAUUGCCUUGAAGUCCGCUUUUCACUUCAAAAUAGUCUUUGGUAAAAUGUACAAAGCCAAGCUAUAAAAGUUAUUGGACAGUACAGCAAAGUACAAUACUAAUGCUAACUCUCACUCCUAUUGACUAUGUACUGGAAACAAUACCUUUGUUUUAGGGAGUGUCCUGCAGCAAGUAGGGCGGUGCAGUUGGAAAUGUCAAUGAGGCUGAUGUCAUUAGUUACAACUUUUAGGUGCUCCACAUUUAAACGACUCCAUUAGACAGGAGUUUGUGUUCACAUUUUGCUUCCGCACCUUGUUUAAAAAUAGGGUUAGUGUAAAUAUUAUGUACUCAUGUACAUAUGUUUGAUAGCCUCUUUGUAUUCUCUGAAAGCCAAGUUUUCCAUCAGCGCACACAAGCAAUGUGUACAUAUUAGUUGUUGUGAACAACUCAGUCCAAGGCCAACAAUCUCAGAAGGUCUGCUUAAACUGGCAUCAAUUGAUCAUCUUCUCCACUGUGAUGUUGUUGGCGUGCAGAAGUACCUUAAAUGCCUUAAAGGACGCGCUCAAUGUUUAAGUUGUUUCCUUUUAGUGUGGUUUUGGUCCCCAGGUAGUUCCACUGUGAUGCUAGACGCACACAUGGCUGUUGUCAUAGAAACAUGUUCAUGUUGUGUGUUCUCAUAUGGAAAGGUCAAAAGGCAAAAACAAGAAGGCUCAUUGUUUGCUUUGUAUUAGUUACUUUUCCUUUCUCGAUCGGGGCAAUGAAUAUGCAGAAUAUGUUUUCUUAAAUCAACCUCAUUAGAUGUCAGUUACCAUUGUGGAAACCAGAACAGGACCAAAGAUCUGAUUUUAUUGAUGGAUAGAUAGUUCGACAUUAAAAGACAAGCUUUUUGUUCCACUGUUUGUUAGAUUUAGUCCAUCUGAUUGUGUCCCAUAACAACAAACUACUAUUAUGUCAUUUCUAGGGAUUCUUCUUACAAAGAGGACUGCGCGGCACCUGUCAGGGAAGUUGGUGUUGGCCGUGUUCUUUCGAUCCGGUCAUUGUACCUCAAAUGUAAUAUCACAGUCAUAAGCUGUGAAGCAGCUCAGUCUCUGCAUGUAAGCUAUUUGGGUACAUGUUUUGUGAAUGUAUUUUUUUUAAACAGUUUCUCAGUUUGUGUCUUUUUUAUGUUGGUGUGUUUGCAAAUAAAAGUUACA